CUAGUUGAUGAGGGCUAAGAAAAAUAAAAAUAUGCCUGAUCAAAUGUUAAGUUUUUUUUAGUUUGAAUUUAAUGUUAAGUUUAGGCUGCUAAAAGUUUGUAUCAAAAAUCUCACCAGCAAUGGCAGAGCAAAGUAGCGGUUAUUAAACAUAGCUAAACAGCCUAAAGUGAACAUUUGAAAAAUUAAUCCUUGAUUGGGGUUAAUUAGAAAAUAUUUUAUUUGGGAGAUAAUGAAUAGGUAAGUGAUGAUGAAUCAAUAUUGAGCUGCGCAGCCCAUUAAGCGGGCGCACAUUAGCCACCACCCACGCAAAACACCAAAGCGGUGGCCUGCCAGAUCUGAAAAUCAGCCGCAUACGCCUCCUCCCACCCACCCACCCCUUUACACCCAAUCAAUUCAACAUGUCACCUAACCCCACCACUCCUCCUAUUCUAUUCUUUUCUCCGCCACCACCGCCUCUUCUCUCCUCUCCUCUACUAAAACGCGCCGCGUCCUCCUUCUCUUCAUUAUCCACCCCUCAUCAUGUCCACGUCAGCCCCCGGAUCUCCAUCUCCAAUCCUCCCGCCAAACCCUUCUCUACCCUUACUCCCCGCGCCUCCCCAGCCCUCCACCAACCCCCGCCGUCUCCCGCCGCCUUGUUGGUCUCAUGACGAGACCGUAGCUCUCAUCGACGCUUACCGUGAAAAAUGGUACACCCUCCGCCGUGGUAAUCUGAAGGCCAACGAUUGGCAAGAAGUCGCCGAUGCUGUUGCCAAUCGAUGCCCUGUAGCGUCUCCGCCGAAGACCUCCGUGCAGUGCCGUCAUAAAAUGGAGAAACUCCGUCAACGUUACCGGACUGAGAUCCAGCGCGCCCGAUCUAUGCCUGUCUCGAAUUUUUCGUCUUCCUGGGUGCAUUUUAAACGCAUGGACGGCAUGGAAAAAGGUCCGCAGGCCAAACCUGAUUAUAAUUCAGAUGACAAUGAGGAUGAAGACAAUAAUAUUAAUGAGAGUAGUACAAGAAGCGUUCAUCGGAAUGGAAGCGUGGGUGACAAGCCAGCGAGCGGGUUUAGGAUAAGAAUACCGACGGGAGUUAGUAUAGCCCAGCCUGGAAUGAAAUCUUAUGCAAACCCUAAUUUAAGUAGCAACCCAAUUCCUAAUAAGUUUGGGAUGAAAUGUGAUGAGAGUGGGAAGAAGAGAGAGAGGGAUCCGAUGGUGAGUGCCAUAAAAAUGUUGGGAGAUGGGUUUGUGAGGAUGGAGCAGAUGAAGAUGGAGAUGGGGAGAGAGAUUGAGAGAAUGAGAAUGGAUAUGAAGAUGAAGCAAACUGAAAUGAUUCUGGAGUCUCAGCAUCAAAUUGCUGAGGCUUUUGCCAAGGCCUUUGCUGACAGCAAGAAGCCCAAGAGAGUUCCUUCGUCUCAAAGCUGAGUAAUGUAAUUUGUGUGUUCACUUGGAUUUGUAAGGCACAGGGUUGAAGUUGUUUUCGAUUCCUUCUCAUUUCUGUAUGCCAUUGUGAUUUGUGAAAUAAUUAAACUUUAUGGUAAAGUAAUUUAAAUGUCAA